AUGAAAGAGUUAGGUCCCCCCUAUUUGCUCUCCAUUUCCCGCCUUGCGUACCCUUAUUUCCACCUCCUGCUUCCCCUCUUUUUCCCCCUUGCUUCCACUCGUUCCCUCCCCCCCCCCUUAUUCCCCUCCUUUUCCCCCCUGCUUGCCCUCUGUUUUUCCUUUGCCUCCCCACCUGUUCCCCCGUGCUUGCCCGCUCACUGUCCUUCUCGCCCAUCCCCCCUUGUCCUCCGCUCUCCCCCUCUGUCCUCUCCAACCUGUCCUUCUCUCUCCCCACUGCCAUCCCUUCUCCCCCCUGACCUCCGCUCUCUUCCCCGGUCCUCCUCUUUACCCCCCAUCCUUUCCUCCUCUUUAUUCCCCGUCCGGUCCUCCUCUCUCCAACCUGCUAUCAUCCCUUCCUCCAUGCCUCGUUUCCUCCCAUCCUCCAUUGCUAGUCUCCCCCCGUUCACUCCUUCGCGGCUCCUUUCCUUUCUCUCUUCCUUCCUUCGUGUUGUUCUGUUCCUCAUUUCCUCCCUCAUCACUUCUUCCCCUCUCUCAUUCCUUCCUCUCCUCUCUCAUCCCGUCCUCCCCUCUCUCAUCCCAUCCUCCCCUCUCUCAUCCUGUCGUCCCCUCUCUCAUCCCGUCCUCCCCUCACUCAUCCUGUCCUCCCCUCUCUCAUCCCGUCUCCCCUCUAAUCAUCCCUUCCUCCCCUCCCUCAUCCCGUCCUCCCCUUGUCAGAAUCCCAACCACUAG